CACUGCCUGUAUACUCCACGCAAUCAUCACGAAGACACGAGCACUUACAGCAGGACGUUAUUGCCCAGUAGUACUCGUCAGUGACUGUUUCGCCAUGGCCAUUAGUUCAAGUACUCAGCUCUAAGCGAGCCGCGUUUCGACGACACCAGGGCUCCGAUAUCGACACGCAUCUCCUAUUUCCAUUUCCAGUCAUUCCAGUUAUCCACAGCCGUUAUACCACGCCUUCCUUAUAUACCGUCGUCUCUCGAGACCCUCUACAGCGCCGCGGUCCGCCCACCAUGGACGAUCCCGAUCUAUCGUGGCCCGCCUGGAAGUUUGGCAUGAAGAGAGACGACCUUUUCACCACGCUCCACGAUCAGUACAACACCUUUACCUACACCCUCCAAGACCCCGAGGCCUUCCACCACGACGUCUACGAAAUCUCCAACCAUGCAGACACGGCCGAAGAGUUCCAUCGCUUCAUGGCGGCUCGGCAGCGGCAGCGGCUCUCCGAACUCCAGGAGUCUCUUGAAUCGCUCGCUGUAGAGAUCAUUGCCAACCCGAAGUUGAUAGGUUCUGACCAGUGGCAGCACGCCCUUCAGCUCUUCCGAACCAAGUCGUUCGACUCCAUCGUUAGAUAUUUUGCAAGCUACCUCCCCGACGACUACAUGGACCGCCAUGGACCCUGUUCCAUGUCAUCAUCCUUUUCCGAAACCGACUCUAUUCGAACCACUAGCACAAAGGCCAGCAGCGCCUCCGAUGCUUCGUCCUUCCUCGACGACGAGUUCUUUCCUCACGGCCCCUUGAUUACCGCUGAGCCGGGCGUUCUGAAGGCCGCAGAUAUACCCCCAUCGCCCGCAUCUGAAGGCUCCCCAGCUGAAUCGGCUGACUCGCCGACAUUCACAUCCACAGAUCCACCUUCGCGAUCCAUGUCCUUUUCGGGCCCGGACUCUCAAAGACUUAGUUCUCGCUUUGUUCGACGGCCUCACAUUCAUGACGAUGACGAUACGUCUCAAUCCGACGAGUGCGACACGACAGUAACCUCUGUUUGUGAUUCGACAGAAACUCGAUCUUCUUUCGACCCUGCCGAUGAGGUCGACGACAAAGAACUACCUGUACACAUUGUAGACGGCGAGGAGGAAGACGAGGACCUUCCCACCGCCCAGUUUCCUGAAGACGAUUUCUGUUCUUUUGAUUCCUUCGAUACCCCAAAUCCCUUCAACACCACUUCCUAUGAUACCCUUGAAUCCGAUACCCCUACCCCCAGGCAGGCUACCGAAUCCACCUGCUACCUAGACUAUAAAUCAGUGGUUUCCCGCAAAUCACCAACACCAUACCAACGCUCAUCAUGCCGCCGUUCACAAUCACCAGUAUCGCUACUUGGUCGGCGCAGAGAAGGGAGUCCUACCCAAGACAUUCGGAGGAGUCCAGAUGAGGCGCUUAGCAAAAUACAAAAGCCACCCCCGGGAGAGUCCACACGGAGGAGGCCUAAGAACAAGAGAUGGGGGGCUUGACUCGAGGAGUCGGGCGUGCGCAGCGCGCAACACUUGUAUAUAUAUGAAGAUGAUGAAGCCUCUGUACAUAUACCGAGUCUUAUGACACUAAUGAUUUUCAAAACCUC